UUCCAUCACGCAACCAAGACCUGACAUUGAUACACGCGACACAACCGCGACAAGCAGCUCUCCAAUCAAGCAGACCAGCAACAUGUCGUCCGUGGUGCAAGAGGAGGAGAAGCCCCAGGAGGCCCCUCAGGAGCAACAGGAGGAGCAGCAGCAGCAGGAGCAGCAGAACGCGGGGGACGAUGUCAACGAUGAUGAGGAGGAGAUCUCGGCCAUGAAGCGCCGUGUCGCCGAGAUGGAAGAGGAGGCCGCCAAACUCCGCGAGAUGCAAGCUACCCUGGACCAGCAGCAUCACGAGCUCACCGAGAACAAGGAGGACAUUGAUAGCCGGAGCAUCUUUGUCGGAAACGUCGACUAUUCAGCUUCGCCCGAGGAGAUCCAGGCGCAUUUCCAGAGCUGCGGGUCUAUCAACCGAGUCACGAUCCUCCUUGACAAGUUUACCGGUCAACCCAAGGGCUACGCUUACGUCGAGUUUACCGAGCCCAGCCUAGUCGCACAAGCCCUUGUCCUCAACGAGAGUGUCUUCAAGGGUCGCAACAUUAAGGUCGUUCCCAAGCGCACGAAUAUUCCCGGCAUGUCGCGCGGCGGUCGGGGCGGCCGAGGUUCCUUCCGCGGAGGCGGUCGCGGCGGCUAUUUCGGUGGACGGGGCGGUGGUUUCCCUCCCAGGGGAGGCUACCGUGGCGGCUAUCGUGGACGCGGCCGAGGAGGCUACGCUCCUUACUAGUCGUUUGGUGGUGGUUUGACAUACGGCACAGGAUCCCGCAUUCAUCAGGACAAUCAGAGCCGUAUGCGGCCCUCCCUGACAUGCGCAGACACUACCUGGAAUU